AUGAUCCGAAGAAUUGCGCCAUGGGCGCUCGGACAACUGCUCGGACAGCCCAACAAGCAGCAAGCUGGUUCACGAUCAUGCUGGUCACGCUGCGUGUCCAGUCAAUACAAUGGAGUCAGCUGGAGCAAGGGCCGUGGGAAAUUUGAAGCAAAGGUAUACUUCAAAAGGCGCCAAGAAUAUGUGGGCUUGUUUCUGACGGAGAAGGAGGCGGCACAUGCACAUGACGUGCGUCUUCGAGCUUUGUGCGAUGAUGGUGCUCGCUUAAAGCGAUCCUUGAACUUUGCCACUCCACUUGAAGAAUCUUUUUCAGAAAGCCCGCAGGAAUCUCGGCGCCGUGCCCUCGCAUUUUUUUCGGAAACUGCCCGAAACGAGGAAAAGUCCUUUGAUCGAUUCAAGCGCCUUUUCUCUUUAUCUCAUCAGGCUCGAAACUACGAAGUCAUUCGGACAUCAGGAUCCUCCAAAGUAGAUGCGAUCUUCCAACUUCGAGGCUCUCUCACUGGUGGGCUUGCCCUGCAACUGAAGUCGGCAAGCUUGAUACGAGAAAGGUUUUUGUUUCGUGGGACCCGUGGGUACGCUGGAAUGUUGUUGCUGCUGAUUGCUCUUGACAGUGACGCUUGUUGGGCACUGCCAGGAGCGUCAGUGACGCAAAUAAACUUCUCCGUAACACCAGGUUCAAGCAGGGACAUGGCAUUUCGGGUGGAAGACAUCGGCUCCUUGUUGGAGAGUUGCUUUCGAAACACGACGGAUUUUCCUCACGUCUCGCUUGCAGACGCUCGCUUCCAGUGCAGCCCCAAACACCAGGUUGAAGAGCGGGCCCACAGUCUUUUUAGGACGUUGUUUCAUUGCGUCGGCUUUCAGCUAGAGAAGUCAUUCACAGGUUUGGCAACUGUGGAUUCCGAUCUCAUGGGUGACAGAUGCAGGUGGCGUGUUCAGGAAAAAGCAUCCAACGUUCAUGCCUGUGGCCGCUACUGUGCAAGUCUCUGCAAGAAUGGAGGAGCUCUUGGCAAACUUGCAUAUUCAGAAACUGACUUCGACCUUCUCUUGGCAGCACUCCUGGAGGAUGGCAGACUUUCCGGCCUUUUUGCAUUUCCAACUGACGUUCUGGCAAGGUUGGGGUAUAUAGGACAAAAGCCUUGCCACUUGCCACUGUACCCACCGUGGAGAUUGCCGAAGUGGCAACACACCAGGGCGAAGCAUGCCUGGCAGCUGGAGCACUUCGUUGAUCUACGCAGCUGGGACGCAGGGACCCCGCUAUCUCCCGAAAUGCGAGACACACUGGAAGACCUGCUUCUCAGGCUCGCAGCGUGUCAGCAGACAACAUGCCAAAGCGACAGAUAG